GUUGCUGAGCUGUUUAGCAACCGGUAAAGAUGGAGAUGGCCAGUCUCUCCGCUAAUAUUAACAUUUUAUGUUAAAUCUUGCCUACCACGAUGGAUAUCAAGUUAUUCUUGAUACUUGUGGUAAUGCUUAGCGCAUUGCAGCAAGGUCCUGCUGCUUAUCGGGACUUUACGUGCGUGGAGCCCGAACCAGGAUAUGCCAAAAGAAUAUUUUAUUACUUUACUGCGAGAGAAAUUGAGAGAAUGUGUCCAGCGAGAGCCGAUCUUAUGUGGCGAAUUGGAAGCGAGGUAUUUUGCAAUCUCCUCGGCGUCCUUAUAACCAUACUGUUGGGUUAUGCGCCAACGAUUAGAAACAACACCAGAGAGAGAUGGACAGCCAUGAUUUCCAUGUUCCAGGAAUGGAGAACUCGUCCUUCCCUCUGUCCCCACUGCGGAACAGCUCCAUGCCAGGUGAAGCGGAGAUCACUCUGGAAGCCCUCCGGAUCCCGUAAAAGGGACAACGCGAAUUUCAAGGAGCGUUCAAACGCAAUGAUGUUGUUUCAACUAUGGGCUAGAGCUGUCUGCGGUGCUUACAAAGGAACUCCCACAGGAUGACCUGUACUGGCAGAGGAAAUUCUGUCACCAAUUCGAGGAAAAGCAUAUGGUUCUUUUCCCAUUGUGUAUCCAGAGGCAAAUCAACUACUGGUAUCCCGUCCCUCGCUAGCUAUGAUGAUGAUGAUGGUGAUGGUGGUGAUGAUGAUGAUGAUGAUGAGGAGGAGGAGGAGGAGGAGGAGGAGGAGUUUGUUGUGAAGAAUCCUGAUGAUGGAAAGGAAGUUGUGGGAGUGAUGUCAUCGGUUUUUGUUAUGGUGGCUUAUUAUCUUAACUCGCGAUAAAAUGUUAUCGUUGAAAUAUGUACAACUGUCUGAUGAUAAAAUGUACCACGUGAUA